AACCCAAAAAAAAAAAGAAGGUAAAGUUCAUACACUGCUGCGAGGCGCGCAUUAUGCAAAUGGGACCGUCCGCCACGCGGUUUGGGGAGGUAUAUAUAGACAACAGCCUAGGCUCAUUUCUUCAUCGUUCCCAGCAAACUCACCAACUUCCUAGCUCUUCUUCAUAUUCAAGACUGCCAUUUGUAGUUUGUUCCGAGUUCUAGGCAUUUUAGUCUCCUGGGAGGAUUUGGUUUGUUUUUUCCCUUCCCUGGUCUGUGUUCAGUUAGGGCUUUCAUUUUCUUCAUUUACCCAAAAAAAAACAAAUUCCGCCAGUCAUUAAUUUUUCUUUGUUGAAUUCUUUCCAUCAUGACCUAGAAAAAGUUUCCAUUGUUUUCCAUCAUGUUUACCGUCCUCCUUUUCCUCGUUCUCUUUGUUUCUCUUCUUCUUCAGUUUCUUAAUUAUCUUCUACCACCACCUGCCCAAUCUCCAGCAGAUUCCCCGAACAUCCAAAUACCUGCAUCUCCUUCAAACCCUAAAUCAGAACAUGAGGAAGUACCAGCGGAUUCUCCGAACAUAAAAAUACCUGCAUCUCCUUCAAACCCUAAAUCAGAACAUGAGGAAGUUCCAGCGGAUUCCCGGAACAUCCAAAUACCUGCAUCUCCUUCAAACCCUAAAUUAGAACAUGUGGAAGUUCCAGUGGAUUCCACAAACACCCAAACAGUGCUUUCAUCUCUUUCAGCCCUAAUGAAACAUGACAAAAUUCCAGCAGAAGCUUCCUCUUCUUCGGGCUCAACAUUUGAUGUCUUCCUCAGUUUUAGAGGUGAAGACACCCGCCAUGGUUUUACUGACCAUUUGUAUUAUGCUAUGAUUCAGAAAGGAAUCAUUGCAUUCAGGGAUACAGAAAAACUCGAGAGGGGACGUCCAAUUUCAUCAGAUCUACUGAAAGCAAUAAAAGAAUCCCGAAUUGCAGUCAUCAUUCUUUCAGCUAACUAUGCUACUUCAACAUGGUGCUUGGAGGAGCUUGCACAGAUUGUUGAAUGCGAAAAGUCAACGGGGUUGAAAGUUUUACCAGUCUUUUAUCACGUCGAACCAUCAGAAGUAAGGAAGCAAACAGGAAGUUUUUACAAGGCGUUUUGCAAGCAUGCAAAAACUUUCGCAGACGACAUGGGGAAGGCGAAGGUGAACAAGUGGAGAGAAGCUUUAACCAAAGUAGCCAAUAUCUCCGGAUGGGAUUUGAAAGGAAGAGGAGAAUCAGAAGUUAUUCAGACAAUAACUACAGAGAUUUCGAAGACAGUGCAUAGCAUGUGGUCAAGUGAUAACAAGGAUUUAAUUGGAAUGGAUGCUCGUAUGGACACACUAAUCUCGUACUUGGAUCUGGGUUCGAAUGAUGUUCGCACCAUAGGGAUUGUCGGGAUGGGCGGUAUUGGUAAAUCAACUCUGGCAAAGGCAGUUUUUGAAAAGAUCCGUAUCACAUUUGAUUCUAGCUGCUUUAUUUCUGAUGUUAGAGGGAAACCCCUAGUUGAUUUGCAGAAACUUCUCGGUCAACAUUUGCAGCUGGACAGCCAUGCAAGUAUACAGACUGAUUUGAUGGGGAACAAUUUAUUAAGGAAAGGAUUAAGUCACAAAAAGGUGCUUAUCAUUCUAGAUAAUGUUGAUCAAAUUGCACAACUUAAAGCUUGUUUGGGUCAGGAGACUUGUUUGGGUCAAGAGACUUGUUUGGGUCCAGGGAGCAGAGUCAUUAUAACAACUAGAGAUACGCACACGCUGAAGGUAUAUGAAUUACCGGAAGAUAAGAUAUAUGAGGUUGAGAAGUUGACUGAUAAGGAAGCUCUUCAGCUCUUCUGUCAGAAAGCUUUCAAGGAAAACCACGCUCCAGAUGAAUACAAGGGACUAUCCAAUAGUUUUGUAAAUUAUUGCAGUGGCCUUCCUUUAGCUCUCGAAGUUCUGGGUUCUAAGUUGUGUAAGAGAACGGUUGAUGAAUGGUCAGCAGCAUUGGCUAGACUUCACAAAGAUACCGACAAAGGUAUUUUUCCCAUUCUUCAAUUAAGUUAUGAUGGAUUAGAGGAAACAGAGAAGGAAAUCUUUUUGGACAUAGCAUGUUUCUUCAGAGGCGAGAGUCAAUCUCGUGUAGAAAAGAUUUUAGAAAGUUGUGGCUUCUUUCCUGACAUCGGAAUACCUGUCCUCAUUGAUAAAUAUUUAAUUAAAAGAGAGGAAGGUAAACUGUGGAUGCAUGAUUUACUACAGCAAAUGGGUUGGAAUAUUGUUCGGCAACAAUCUCCUAAGCCGGGAAAACGAAGUAGGUUGUGGCUUAAUGAAAAUUCCCAUGAGUAUGAACACAGCAGCCCGUGGUUUGUUGAGGAUACUCGUCAUGUGGUCACCGAGAAUCUGGGAACAAUUGCUGUCGAAGGUAUAUAUUUGAGCGUGCGGGAUAAAAAAGAGAUACCAUUGAGAGCUGAUCCCUUCUUAAAAAUGCGCAAGCUAAGAUUAUUGAAGAUUUGUAAUGUCAACUUGCUGGAUGUCCGAUUUGAAUAUCUGUCUAACGAGUUACGACUCUUGGAAUGGCAUGAAUGUCCUCUAGAAUCUCUGCCAUCCAGUUUUCAACCGGAUAAACUUGUCGAAUUGAAACUGCCCAAGAGCCGCAUUGAAACACUGUGGACUCAAAGACUCUGUCUGGAGAAGCUAAGACUGAUGGAUCUUUCGUACUGCCAAUACUUGGUCAAGACACCGGACUUCAGUAAUUUCCCAAAUCUUGUAGAGUUGACUUUUGAAGGUUGUAGAAAAUUAUCAGAUGUUCACCCAACACUUUGGAGACUCAAAAAAUUGAUGAUUGCAAAUUUGAAAGAUUGCACGAGUCUAGAGAGGCUUCCCGAUUCCAUCAGCUUGCAAUCACUUCAUAUUCUUUAUCUUUCCGGAUGUUCAAAACUAGAUGAGUUUCCAGAGAUAGUGGGAAACCGGGAAACUCUGUUAGGACUCUUUUUAGAUGGAACAGCUAUAAGAGAGCUGCCGACAACAAUCCGGUGCUUGAGUGGCCUAAUUGGGUUAGAUCUAAGUGACUGCAAGAACCUUGUGGGUCUUCCAAGCUUCAUUUGCAGUUUGAAGUCUCUGGAAUAUCUGCGUCUGUCAAAUUGCUCACGCAUUGACCAACUUCCAGAAGAUAUAGGGAGCUUGGAAAAUUUGGAGAAGCUUGAAGCUUGUAACACUGCUAUAAGAAAAGUGCCUUCGUCCAUUGUACUUCUGAAGAAUCUGAAAACAUUACGUUUCCAUGGAUGUAGGCAGGUGCCCGGGGAAUGCUCUGAUCAAUCCUUGGGUUUGCAAUUGCCAAAGUCGUUCUCCGGUUUGAACUCAUUGGAAACACUAGAUUUGGGUAAAUGCGAUCUUGCUGAAGGAGCGAUCCCUGAUGACAUUGGCUGCUUAUCCUCACUGAAAGUUUUAAGCUUGGAUGGAAACAACUUUGUGAGUAUACCUGAAAGCAUCUCUCAACUUCCUAAGCUUAGACAAAUUUACAUGCCAUAUUGUAGCAAGCUUCAGUCUUUGCCAAACCGUCUUCCAAAAGAUGUUAAUGUAGACGCUCAUGGAUGUCCCCUGCUGACAAAAUAUCGAAACCAGCUUAACAUGUGGCUUUCUGAUGAGGGGAUCAUCCGUCACAUAAAUUGUGGAUAUUCAAACCGUGCAAGCUGUCCACUUCCAAUUCCCGAAGAACAAAUUGAAGAAUACUUACCCAAGAGCAUUGAGGAUAUAAUUGUUCAUGGGAAUCAACUGCAAAUUAAAGCCUCUCAUACAAAAAUUCCUGAUUGGUGUCGUCAUCAGAAUAGUGGGUCUUCUGUAGCCAUGCAUGUCUCGGAUCUUGAAAUUACUAAAAGCUUAGGAGUAGCCCUGUUUGUUGUUUUUGAAAUCUUUAACAGUGGUCACAAUUUUGAUAAGAGUUGGGAGUUGCAACAGACCUAUUAUACUUUUAAAGAUGACCAAGGACAACAGAUCUCUUUCUUUAACCGCUUGGCAGGAUACCGGGCUGGGACAUAUGUAUCAGUUUUCUAUGAUCCACUACAGUGCUUUGUAGUUGAUAAAAUGUUGAAGAAAGCAAGUCGAUUGGAGGCUUCAGUUUCAACAGACAGACCAGAUAUGGAGGUUAAGUCUUGUGGGUUGGAACUAAUCUUUCAGGAAGAAGCUAGAAAGUUUGCUCAAAAUUUAACUGAGCAUUGUAAUCCUGGGACGGAUUUCAAAUUUGGUAGACAUUGUAAGGAAUUGAUAAAUUCCAAGGGAAAGGAAAGCUCCGGUAAUAUAAUGGCACCAAAUGAAGCAGAAAAGGUCAGCUGGAAAUUUGAUUUUAACAUGCACCCGGGAGAAGAUCUACAGUUGUUGCUUUCAAAAGUCUAUGAAGGAACAUAUGGACGUGAAAAGGACUUUGGCCUUUUUUUUCCUCAUAAGGUAGUUCCUUUCUGGUUCUUCCAUCACUAUGCAGGGGACGUGGCACUGUGCGACUUUCCUCUAGACUUAUCCGAUGAUCAGAGAUGGGUCAGUUUAGAACUAUUUGUUAUGGUUUCGAGUGGUUACAGUAUCGAUGUUGAAUCCUUUCUUGAUGUUGAUUUAUGUUCCGAUGAAAUUAGCACAGUAAGCACAUCCGUAAUGAUAAACACUUGUCUGGGGCCAGAACAACUUGUUGUAAUCCAUAUACCACGCGUGCGUUUUCCGGAGCAGUUGAAUCAAUGUCACGGUAUCAGCGCCUUGUUUAGAACCGCUACUCCAGAUAUGAGGGUUCGAAUGUGUGGAAGCCGUUUACUAUACGAGCAAGAUUUGGAAGACUUGAUCCGUGCAAUAACUGUGUGCACAUUAGACAGUCAAGAUGUCAUUGAUUCACUUUGUCAGCAAAUCCAACAAUUACUUGGAAGUUACUUGCCGGAGGAACCUUCUGAUCAUGUAGUAGCAGUUGAAACCGUUGAGCAGAAUUCAGUGGAAGGAGAAAACGAGGUUGGUCGCCGAAAUGAUCAUUCCUCCACUGAAAGGGAGGACUUGAUUCAAGACCGGAGAGAGAAAGUCUUCACUUCAAUAUUGCACAACUACAGAUCUUAUCUCCAACAAAAGCAUGGUUGUAGAGAGUCCGAAAGAAUUAUAUCCCAUUCCGAAGGCUAUAUUUUCAACAAUGGGAAUCCAAAGCCGGUGUUUGCCACGCAUCAUUUACAUGUAAUGGUUGAGACUCGACUCUAUGGGAGCCUUAGCUCAGAAGAUUGGAAACGAUCUCUCGAGUCAUUGCUUCAGUAUUUCAAGGUGGCCACUCUCAGUGUCAAAGGACAAAUGAUUGCUGUUUUAAAUCCGUUCACUCCUUCCUCAGUAAACAACUUUUGUUUCCCUCGAAAGGAACUUCCAGGAUGGUUCAGGCAAGUGGGAAAUCCCAGCAGUUUUAGAUGGGGUACACACCCACUUACAUUAUGUCUUCCAGCAUGGUUCAGGGAAGUGAGAAAGCCCAUGAUUAGAUUGGGUAUACACCCACGUAUAUGUGAUGCUGAGGAUUGGUUGGGACUUGCUAUAUGUGCUACAUUUUCAGUCAACGAGCAUCCAAGUGCUGUCCUUGACAAUCUGGCCACAAGGACUUUCAACGUUAUGUGUCAUUUGACAGCGUUGGAUGGACGAUGUUUCAGUCAUGCCCCGGUGUUUACCAUAACAAAAGAGAAAUUCAAGUGGCUACAUCUUCGUGGAUUUAUGUGGCUAACCUACAUACCUCGUUCUUAUCUUACAGAGUUCAGAGAAGGUGUUGCAGAAGCUAGAAUUUAUAAUGAUUGCCCAGGAUUAAUGAUGAAAGAGUGGGAUAUCCGUCCCUUGUUCAAGCAAGAUGUGAAGGAAUUUAAUAAAGCAAUAGUCCACUGCUGGACUUCGUUCUUCGACAAUUUGGAUCUCAUCCGUCAGUCUGUCGAAGCAGAUGAAAAUGAACAGGCACAUUAUUAUUUUGAUAGAGGGGAAACCAGUAAAAUCUUGAUGCCUAAAGGAAAUGUGAAGGAUUUCAAUCGGGACUUCAUAUAUAAUGCAACUUACCCUCAUUGCGCUAAACUGUUGAAGUGGUUCGGUGAUCACACAAGGGGCCCUUCAGUGAAAAUCCCGUUACCACCAUCUCUAUCUAGUGAUGGGAAUUGGAUAGGAUUGGCUCUAUGUGCACGUUUUUCAGACCUCGAGAAUCAAACUACCUCCAUAGACAAAGUGAAUCCAGAAAUUGCUGAGCUUGUUUGCCAUUUGGAAACUGAGAACAGUAGUUUCAAACAUCUUCACCACUAUCGACCAACCAAUGAAGAAUUCAAGUGGUUAUGUCCUACAGAAUUCAUUUGGCUAUCUUAUAUACCACGUCAGGGGUAUCUAGACCAGUUAAUUGAGUGUGACCUCUUGGAGGCUUCAUUUGCCAGCGAAAGCCGAGGAUUGGUUGCUGAAGAGUGUGGUCUCCGUCUUGUCUACCAGCAUGAUGAGCAAGAGUUUAAGGAUCAGUGUAUCUUCAUGAAUUCGUUGCUGGCCAAAAAAUCAGAAAGUUUGGAAGAACAAGAAGCUCCCAAGAAGGGUAAACAAGUUCUAGAACACUCUAAACCUGAAUGGGGAUCUAAUACAAAGUGGAGUUUGGAGAUCUACAUAUCCCCAGACUCUUAAUAUGGCUGCUCUCUUGGGCAUGGGAUGGAGUACUCUCACAUUGAAUUCUUUAUGGAGUUCUUUUGCUUGUACGAGGUUCUCGAUCUCCCAUCAUAUGAAUUAUCGCUACUUUUGUUCUUCAUUAUGGCAUGGGUUGAAAGCUAUUGCCAAACAUGCUGAGCAAAGGAACAAGAAACAAACAAAUGAGUUGAAUCCUCAAUAGUGCAAAAAGAGCAAAGCUGACAUACCGAAACCAAUGGGAUGCCGCGUCGUUGCAGUUGGUCAUCGGUGGGUAACUUGUUAUGGAGGAGGCGCCAAACAAGUAUAAAAAACCGGGACAUUGUUACCGUGAAGCCUCUUUCAAAUAAAUUUCAGCUUUGGAAUGUUUUAUUUCUUUGUGUGUGUGUCAUUUGAAGUGAUACCAAUAAAAUUCGAUCAUGCUUUCUGUUUAUGGUCACUGCAAGAUCGCAUGUUGCUGCAAUAUUUCUAGUUAUUGGAAGAGGUUUUGGUUUA